GCAGGCAGAGAGUCGUUCGUGUCCCCCACCACCGCAAAGCAGUUGCAAGCAGAAGUUCCCUCGUCUACAGAUGAUCCCACAUAGAUCCCUCGUUCCUCUUCGAAAUUUUGAGCAUUGCCUCCGCUGCUGCUGCUGCUACCUCGUUUUUUGCUGCUCCUCCGUCGAGUUAGUAAUCUAACUAAUCUACUCUGAAUGUGGUGGAAAUGUGAAAUAUUUGUCAAUAACUGAUGUGAUCAGUGUGUCAACUGUGAAAUACAAAAAAGUGAUGUGAUAACUGAGUUUUAAAGGCUAGUAAAAUGCAUUCCAGAAUGCGACCCAAAUAUAAACCAACUAUUAAUGGGAAGGAGGUUGAUUUGGACCUGUUGUACCAAAUUGUCACCUCGCACGGCGGAUGGGAAAAGGUCAACAUGCGCAACGAAUGGGACGACCUGCUGGAGCAUUUCCAUUUGCCUCGGGGGAUCAACGGCGGCCUUGUCAUCAAGCAGAUUUAUCUCAAAUACUUAGAAAACUAUGAGAAGGUGUACUUCCUGGGUGAGGAUGGUCACAAGAAUGAUGACGAGGAUGAUUAUGAUGACAUCAGAAACCGGAGAAGAACGGCGUCCAAGAUGACUAGCCGGUCGUCAGCUGCUUCCUCGUUCACUCCUAGCUCAUCUCACGCCCAUACGCCCGGACAGGGUGGGCAGCUUCAAUCAGUCCAUCCUCCCUUAUCAGAUUCGACUCGAGAACAACUGGGUCUUCCCAAACGAAGCAUGACAGACUAUGAUAAACUUGUCCUUUCACUCCAAGCCCCACUUCCAAACGAACAAGACAUGGCCAUCAGCGUUUGCACGCUCCUUUGCAACGAAACAAAACAUGUCCUUCGAUUAUCAAAAUGUCCUACCCUUCUCACGUCCCUGCUAGCUCACACCGGUGUUUAUAACGAUUGCGGUAUGCGAGAACUUAUGGAAGAAACAUACACGAAGGGGAGAGAUAUGUACUUGUCGAAGUUCUGGGAGGAGAUAUAUAUUGAACCCGAUGUGAAAUCUUUACUCUGCGAAACCUAUGUGCAGCGAAUUCAGAACACGCUCGGACUGGAGGAGGAACCAGUUUUUAAUAAUUAUGGUACGAUCGACAGCACUGACAGUGAGGAGGAAGCAGAUCCAGAUCCAGAGGACGCUGCAGUUGGUCUUGGGCCCCCCUCGCUGCUGGACGAAGAGUGUGACCCUGCCAGUAAUAGUAAUCUUGACCCCAACACCACCUCUCCAGAAGAGACCGACGUAGAACGUUCUCGUCCCUCGAGUCCUCCAGAAGUUAUGGGUAGUGCACCAUUGUUAUUCACCGAAGAAUUAAAACCAUCACCUUCUACUAUAACAGAGGCAAAGACGCCAGAUUCUCCAAUUAAUGAGGCACACAUAAAACCAACCUCACCAAUCGAGCACCCAACACCUACGGAAGAUCAAAGGCCGCCAUCGAUACGAUCAUUGUCUCCAACAGAAGAUCUGGAACAAGUGUGCUGCAAAUUAUGCCCAUGUAAUAAGAACGAGAAAGACGGUGAGCACUUCACUCUGCCGCCAUCGCUUACAAGAUCUCAUGACUCACAUGACAAAGAGAGCAAAAGAGUACAUCAGAUAGCAUUGAUGUUAAGGAACUUAAGCUUUGAAGAAGAUAAUGCAGAAGUCAUGGCUCAUAACCGGACAAUGCUGCGAUUUCUUCUCUUGACAGCCAACUGUCAGUUUGGAACCCUGAUGCAAAAUUCUCUUGACACGAUCAGUAAUGUAGCCAAGUAUUUCAAGUUGCAGGAUCCCUCACAAGAUCCAAUCUCUUCCAUUCUCCUCUCGUCAAUGGUUUCUGGACUUUUUUCCGAAGAUCGAUUAAAGGUUAUCUGUUCACUAGACGCAAUUCGUAACCUGACUCGGACGGAACAGAAUGAAAAGAUCUUGGCAAAUCUGAUGGAUAAGAAAGUUUGCCAUCGGCUAUGUGAACUGCUAACUUUGUGUGAUAUUAUGAUGUUAAUAUAUACACUAGAGUGUAUCCAUGCUAUCACUGGGAUUGGGGAAUCCGUGUGCAAUGAGAUUGUUCGUGUCAAGGGUUCUAUCUCAUCCUUUAUCGCUCUAGUCACGGUCGAAGCUCAGAGUUACGGACCGAAAGGGUGCAUUCAAAUGCGUGUCGUGGAGACCUACACUGGUGGAGUGGCAGGCGUUCCCACAAGUGGUUCCCAAUCACUAACGACCGGUGCAUCAACUUUGUCAACUUGUACUUCUUCCUUGCAAGCCGGGGCAAAAACAGCAACUCCUACCACGUCGACAACAAACAGUAUUCAGGCCAUUGGAUUAAGAACAGUGAGUGGGCAAACAGUUGUACCCCCACAACCACAAACAUUACAACAGCAGCAACAACAAACGUCCAGCUUUGCCAAUUCUCCGUCCCCUCUGUGUGGUACAGUUGCUGCCAUCAGUGUUUCCACUCCUCCUUCAUCAUCGUCAUCUCAGCAGCAGCAACGGCAACAACCUCAGCAGGUUCGGAUCUCUCCCCAGGUAGUGGUCACUUCUUCGUCUUCUUGUUCUCCCACCUCUGCUCCAAUUUCAAUUAGUGGUAGUAGUGGGGGUGCGUUCCAAGUUCUACAUCCACAUUCUUCCCCCUCUCCAAUUUCUCCAUCGCUGCGAUCCCUAUCUCCAGGACCAUCCAACCCCACCACCCACAUUGCUCAAGGUUAUCAUGGGAAACCAAACUGUCUUCCCCAGGGUCACCAGUCUUCUUCCACUGCUACAAAUAACCACAAUGAAUCGGUCUCCCACCACCCUCAGCAAAACAAUGUUAAUAACCAUGUACAACAACAAGGAAAUAGUAUACAUGUGUCUUCAGCUAAUACGACUGCAAACGCCGGUGCUCCUCCUCAAGUUUCAAGUCACAGUUUGACCCAACAGGUUUUCACGCCUUCCAUCAGUUCUGAGAACAUGACAGAGGAAGCGUGGGGAACGGCAUGGUUGAAGGGGGGAUUUGAGCAGCUUAGUGGGACUUCAAUAGAGGAGGGAGAGUUAUACAGAAUGUAUUGCGUUGCGAGAAAAAAACACCCAGCUUCUUUGUUAUCCCAAACGCAGUUGAUCCAAUGCGUUAAGCUGGUGUACGGUGCUUCAGUGGGACCUGUCAUGAAAAGUUUUGGCAGUACCUCACUUUCCUUCAUUGAAGGAAUUCGACCAAAGAUCAGCUUUCAGCAAGCAAACUCCUCCUCUGUGCCUGUAUGCAAUAGUUUACCGACCGUAGUGUGCAGCGAUAAUGCGCAACAACCCGUCUCAGUGGCUACAAAUGGUGUGAUUAAUGAUGGAGCUCAUGUUAAUAAUACUGCUGCAACUGUACCCCGGCCUACAACACCAGUUACUUCUGCACACGGCGCUUCUUCGCCUUUGUCGCCGAUUCUCAAGGCCACGCUGUCCCGUCCACCAACGCCCAAGUCUCCCACCAGCCCCACAAAAUCUAAAGGAUCACAUUCGAAAGAUAGAAAGGUAAAAGAUAUUUCUCCGAAAACAAACUCUUCUAAAAAGAAAAGUAAGCGAGGAGUCGUGUUAACUCCCAUUGCCAAACAACAACCCUCCGGAAAAAUUAUGACUCCUUCCUCGUCAGCAAUACGGAGUUUGUUAGCUUCUAAGGUUGCACAAAGACAGCAAAAGAAGUUGCAACAAGAGACCAAGAACUCUAAAAAGACAAAGGGUAGUCCUAUGAAGAUGAACGGAGAAGCUUCCUUGGAGAAAGGAGAGGAAUCUUCUGCCUCCUCCUCCAUGAACAGUAUUGAUGAAACUGAGUCCAAGACUGAUCCUUCGUCGCUCACCUUCCAAGGAGUUUUAUGUAACGGGAGCGGCACGGGUACAUUAAAGGAAGAGGAGCAGAUGGAGAUUGACGGAGUUUUCGACGAUUUUGCCAACAAUGUGAAAGUGAAGGGAAUGUUGGUCGAUCUUUUGGAACGAAAAGUCGGCUCCCACAAAGACACGACAAACGGCAUAGUCGGCCGUGAAAUUAGGAUUAGCGAUAAAGGUUUGGAGUUAAUUCAAAACCAAAAUUCAGAUGAAACUUUGAUUAGUGAAACACUUGGCACUACAGGAGAGUCACAGGAACCACAAAAAAUGACUUUUUAUGCAUCUCCGGAGGUCGUGGCGUCCGAACAAAAGUGUACAGCUGCUGUGACAGUUAGCACCACAAUCAGGCCAGAAGCGACAAUACUUCUGAGUGGUGGGGGUAGUGGAACAAUCCCCUACGCAUCUCAGGCUUUGUCGGAUAACGUAGGAGAAAUUAGUGAAGGGGGUGGUGCUUCUGGUGAUGGGUUUAACAAUAAUGCUAAUGUCGAUUCAAAUGGUGGUGGUAGUGGAAACGAUUUGUUUGAGAAAUUUAGCCAAUUCAGUGACUUAAUUGUGGUUAACCCGGAACAGCUUGGGAUGGGAGUUAAGCGCACGGCUUCUACGACGUCCACCGAAAACAACACGGAGGAAUCCGACGCUCCACCCCCAUCCAAAAAGGCUGCAAUUUGUGUGAAUGGAAAUGAUGACAGCUUAUCUGGAUCCGAGACGACACCGACUUCUCAUUCCAACCUGCAGCAGCAUGUGCCAAAUUCCGGCGGGUCGGUGCUGCAGAACGCUCUCUCUGCAGCACAAACAACCUCGAGCGUUAUUAAGACGUCAGGUUCGAUGACCAUCAAUUCCAACUCUUCUUCUGUCGUUUUGUCGGAAGAUGGGACAACAACAACAACAGUCGCAACAAAUACAACUUCCAGUAACCAAAUGGUCCACGUUCCAGUAAGAAUUAUGAAUUCACCAAAUUCACAACAGAUAACAUUUGGAGGUCGUCAAAUGGUCAUUCAACAGGGUGGUCAGAUCGUACUUUCUCAUGGAAGUUCACAAAGUCUUCAGGGACAAGUAAUCAUCUCAAAGCAGUCUGGAUCAGGGGAUGCUCCAAAAGCUUUCAUCCUCAUACCUCAAAAUCCUUCCCCGGGAUCCCCAUCCACUGGACAAGUACACCAUAUGCAACCCAUUACGAUGUCGGGGGGUCAAACUAUACAGCUUACCACGUCACCCGUUGACCCAAUUCAAAUGAUUAUGAACCAAGUUGCCGACAUCAAGAAAGGCAUUCCUCCAAAUUUAGUGAGUCAUCUUCCCGUUGAGUUGUUGGAUCAAGACCUGCCCUUCCUUUGUGAAUGGACUGGAUGUGGCUACAGAUUUGUAAAAUAUCAACAGGUCUUCAUGCAUGCAGUUGAGGUUCAUUGUCCUGGUCCUGAUAGUUCGGAAGCUAUUCGUUGUGAAUGGGGUGCUAAUGGAUGUGAUCCUCUGAUGCGGAAACAGUUCUCCAUCAUGACUCACCUUCAAGAUCGACACUGCAGCAAGCACGCGCUGGACCUUGCUUGCUAUCGUCGUAAAAACAAAAUUGAACCUCCUCCUCCCCCUCAACAGCCUGCCCAUCAUCCUGGAUAUGCUCCAAAUGCUGCCUUCCACGCCAUAAAACGACACGCUCUGCAAUACAUGAAUCCAAAGGAUAUUGCAGAGGAGAAUGAAGGUCCGGUGACCAAAAGUAUAAGACUUACUGCUGCUCUAAUUCUCCGAAAUCUCGUAAACUUCUCACCACAAGGAAGAAGAAGCAUCGCUGCCCAUGAAUCUCUGCUGUCAACAAUUGCCAUGAGUAACGCUGAGAGUUCAAGAACUAUUUGCCAGUUACUGUUCGACAUGAGUGAAGCUACCGACUACUGAAUUUCAAUCAUCCCCUAAAUAAGUGUCAAUCGAUUGUAUCUUAUCCAAACAUGUUAUUGAACUACUUAUUUAGUUUUUAUUACUACAUUCAUACGCAGCAGCAACUUUUUUUACGAGGAAGUCCAUGCACCAAAACAAAACUUUGGCGUUGUACAUUAGACUGACAUGAACAGUUAAAAAUUGUUUACAAAUAGGAUUACUAGGUUGAUUAUUACAUAAAUGCAAUCGCAAUUGUCACGGUGGCAUGUCCUAUAUACUGACUAAAUUUUGAUAUUUUACUUGAUAAGGAAUGCUACUCUCCUCCCAAUAAUUAAUUACAUGAUGACGAGAACAUAAAAGAUCUUACAAAGGAAUCUAAUAAAUGCUUGCUUCUAAAAACUUCGGCUACAGUAUAAUAGACAUUUAAGACAAGAUUUAUACCAAACCAUGUCACGAAAUGAGAAGGAUAUUCAAGUAGGUAAAAUGUUAUAUUUAUCAAACGAAGAGGAAAAAUAAUCAUUAGUUUUAUCAACUUAAAAAUAUAGAAAGAAAUCUACUGUUGUGCUAAAACACAGAGUAUUAAAUCGUAAGGGGUAUAACCGAUACACAUACUAAGUACUUUCCAACUGAUGCAAAACCAUGAUAAGUUACUAAGUUAAUCUUUAAAACCAUUAAUUUAACAAUUUAUUUCAUAAACAAAUAUAAAUUGUCAGCUCUUAUUUAUUUCAACUUGACAUGAAUAAUCUGUUUGAAAAUGUUUCCCUAAUUCUUUUGUUUUUACUAGUUCUCUGAUUGGUUUAACUUGUUUUUUGAUGAUCAUUUGUACAGUUUUCUAUACAAAAGUUGUCAGCUAAUAUAUAUUACUCUGUUCAAAAUUGUUUAAAAAUUACUGUCCGUUAUUGUUUAUUAUUUUUAAUUCUUCCAUCAAGCCCAAAGUUCAAAUCGCCACUUUUCCAUUUAUUUUCCUUAUAUUCUUGAUUUGUAUAAUUCUCGUCUAAAGCAUUUGAGUCAGAGUUAACUUAAUUAUUCAUUGGUGUUGGUGCAUAUAAAUGGUGUAGUCGUUUUUUAUACUAUUCCUCUAAUCGGAAUUUUGUUGUCUAUUUUUCCAAGUCCUACGAAAUAUGUGCUUUUACGCAUUUUUGUUCCUACAUGACUCUGUAUUAUUUAAGUACUAAGUAGAGUUUUUACGACUGUUGUGUGGAUUUGAUUUGCAGGAGCGAGUUUACAGGUCACUAUACAUGUAUAAUUGUGCACAGAACUGGCGACCCUUAUAACAAUGAUCCUGAACCUUAGUUGGGCCGAGCUGAUUAUAAAAUGUGUUCAUUAGUUUAUUUUGCGUUACUUUCCGUUUCAACUUAUUCAUGAAUUUACCGUUGAGUGCAUUUGUUCAGAUAUCGUUCCUUAAAUUUCAUGAUUAUUACAAUUAAUUUUUUGUCGGCCCACGGAAAUGUUGCUUUCUUUCAAUUCAAUAUAAGGUCAUGACUCGAUGGAAACUUUGUCAAUUGUAAAAUGCACUUUAAUAUUAUUAUUUUAUCUGUUAUUAUUAUCGUUAAAUAAUUUUGAGUCUUUCCAUGAGACGAGAGAGUAUCAAAAUAUAUUUAACCCCAGCCCAACUAAUAAUGGAAUUGCUUUACUAUUUACAUAUGUAGGCCUUCGCAUUUUAUUUCGCAGCAUUGCAUUUUUUUUUGUAGAGAAGCGUAACACAAAGUUGAAACUAUACAUUUAAGUUAUGAUACUUGUUUUAUACGAUUAAGAAGAACCUAAUUAAGGUUAUUAUUGCUAUACAAGUAUGUUUGUCCUUGUUCUUCUCGUUGUUAAGUAGUUGUUACUCACCGACACAUUAUACGCGCAUGGAAGAAGAAAAAAAAACAGACCAAACCAAAACUACUUGACGACUUUUAAAUGAGAUAUGAACUACGAACCCUUUUUGUAUUAAAGUUACGUAAAGUGUUUUGUAUUUAUUUUCAAGUUGCAACUGUAGUAUUAGUACAAACUAAAGUAAUAAAUAAAUACUAUUGUUUGUCAAUGUUAUUUAUAAGAUAUUACAUAGACGUAGUAGCAGUUGGGUUAUCAAUUUAUUGAAGAUGAUGAUUACACAACAAGUCCAUUAUCGUUAUAGUCAAGUUCAGAACAACGUCAACCAAUUUGUAAUAAUGAAUCUGAGAAAGGAUGACGGUCACAUAUAUAAAAGGAGACAUAAAGACGAGUCCAUAUUGCGUCCAAUAAAAUUAACACUAAAUAUAGCCCUAAAAUUAUUAUUUAGUUUUAUUUAAACUUUUGGUGCACCCUUAGAACUCAUUUCGUAAUAAAUUGUCUCUUUUUUUACCUAUGUUAGAUAAAGUUAUUGGCUAUUUACAUUUACAUUUAAAAAUUUCUCAUUUUUAUUACACAAUUUUAAAUUUACAUAUUUCGUAGUUACGUAAAGACUGUCGGACAUUUUGUGUAAAUUUGAGAACAUGAAACCUUCCGAAACGACGGAAUUUAUUUAAAAGAACAACUCUAACAAACCAGCAAAAGGUUAUAGGCGCAAGUAUUUGUUUUUUUUGUUUGUGUGUCUUAACUUAACCUAAUUGUCCUAUGUUUGAUUUGUUUUAAGUUUGAUGAAAUUGUUGUCGAGUAAAACAGAAUAAUGUCAUGA